AUGGCUAAGCUAGCCAAGGAGGUUACAACUGUACAACGUGUCUUGGAAUCUCUGUUCCGCUACUUCGAUAAUGAAAAUCUCUGGUCGCCUCAACAUGGGCUUGCCCUUGCUGUCUUGUUGGAUAUGCAGAUGUUAAUGGAAAAAACUGGUCAAAAUACACACUUGUUGCUCUCUGUCUUAGUAAAGCAUCUUAAGCACAAGAAUGUCAUUAAACGACCCGACAUGCAGCUUGACAUUGUUCAAGUUACCACCUCCCUUGCUCAGCAGUCAAAGAUUCAGACUUUUGUAGCAAUAAUUAGUGCAAUAUUUGAACUAAUAAAGCAUUUGCAAAAAUGCAUACAUUUCUCACUCGAUGAUGGGAACCCAAGGGAUGACAUAAUAAAAUGGAAUGCAAAGUAUCAAGCAGCAGUAGAUGAGUGCCUUGUGCAGUUAUCAAAUAAGGUUGGGGAUGCUGGGCCGAUUCUUGACAUUAUGGCUGUUGUGUUGGAGAAUAUCUCAACCUCUACCAUUGUGGAAAAAACAACAAUUUCUGUUGUUUAUCAUAGUGCACAAAUAAUAGCAGCAAUCCCAAAUUUAUCAUAUCAUAACAAGGCAAUAGCAAUGGGCUUCCAAGUCAUGGCAGCAAGCUUUAAUCUUCCAGGCUCCGGAACUUUAUAUCUAUCUGUUGGUGGGAUGCUACUUGCUUACGGUAUGAUGAAUGAUGCAAGCAUUCUGAUGAAUGAUGUGAAUGGUCAUCAUGUCAUGUUGUAUUACUUCAAAAACUUUAAGGAACAUACUAAGGUAAUUUCUAAUGAAGUUUAUCUGAAUUAUUACUAUUUCUUUGGUAGAAUUUUUUGA